AAAAGAGAGGCAAAGGAAAGGGAGCAACCUUCCGUUGCAGGAAUGUUCAGCGUAGCUUCUCUCAAUUCAGUGUCCCCCAGUUGUUUUGUAACGCAAUUCCCAUCAUGUGCGGCCACCCUGGCACGUGGUACCCAGUGCAUCUGAAAGGCACCAGAUUAAGGGCGGGAUGGCCGUAGCGGUUCUUGGGAGGAAACAAAGGAUUCAAGAGGGAAACAAACAAAGGGAAAAUGUUUUCCAUUCUGGACCCCCUCCGAAUCGUUUUCGCCUGAAAAGUUUAAGAAGGUUGCAUCAGAAAAGCUGCGACUCUUUCUAAGAGAAAAAUCGAGUUUACUCUCAUUGUGAAUCCUGUAGCUUGGAGUUUUUAGUUCUCUCGCUUUAAAAAAAACAACACCUUGACCCAGACUAAUUUGUUGACCACCGGCAUUUGGAGAUACGCGAAGCCACUCGCAGGUUAAACCCACUAAAUGGACUUUUACAAAAAAUUUUUGCAGUUACCACUGACACGUGUACCAAUAGACAAUGGCAAAUUUUUUAGGUCAAGACAUAGGACCAUGGUAUUUUCAAAAAAUGUAUGCAAGAUAUUGGAAACAUUACAAUGAAGCUAUGGAGUGGAUGUAUAGACAUAAAAACGCUUAUAGAAAAGCCAUGGAAUUAUUAUAUAAUCCAUCACUUCAUCCUUCCAAACAACAUCAACGUUAUUCUGACUGGGAUGAAAAUGUUCCAGGGAGAACUGGUCCAUCUUCGUUCUCCACCUCAGCCAGCAAACCACGGUAUCCUCCAAAGCCUCAGAAUGACCUGCAUUAUGUCAGAAAAAGGAGAGCAGCAGAGAAAGAUUAUGAAACAGAUUCAGAAUCUGAAGGUGAAGAGGAUUUAGAAUAUGACCUCGACAACAUGGAAAUCACAGAAGAGCUCCGUCACUAUUUUGAGCAGACAGAAAGACACCAGGAAGAACUACGGAAACAGAAACAGCUGGAGGCGGAACACCAAGAGAUAUAUGUGGAAGCUGACCACAACCUUCACUUGUCCACAAGCCGGUCAGUGCAGCCCCCAACUGAGAAGCCUGGCGAGAGAAGAAUGGCUGAAAUGAGAAAGCUCUAUGGCAAAGGUGCCAACAAAAUACAAGCAAUGGAGACCACCAUGCAACUCAACUUUGAUAGGAAUUGUGAUACAAAACAGCCCAAAUACUGGCCAAUUAUUUCUCUAAAACUCUGAGUAAGCGCCUCUUUUCUUUUUGGGAGAUUCAGAGUUGUAUAUCCUGAUGUUCAACCAAAUAGAAGGAUUAAGGGAAUGAAUCAAGAGUCAGCAAAAGACCUUUUUAAUUUUCCUUUCCCCUUUCCAACACAACUUUGAAUUUGUCUGCCAAUUUCCAGAGUCUAUUCCAACUCAACAGGAAAAGCUGAAUCAGUCAUUUGUACAAGGGAUAAGGAAAAUUCCCUUUUAAAGGGUAUUUCAACUAAUUUAAUCUUGGCAUGUGUUAGCCUUGCAGGAAAUGAAGUAACAUUUAUUUUUGUUCAAUUGGGCUAGGGAAAAGGCUAAAAACUAUCAAAAUUCAAAGCAUUUGUUAAAAUUGCUUUUAGUGCUACACAUGUUUUGCUGUAGGAUUUUAAAUGCAGCUGUUUUUUUGCAAAAACAUUUAUUUUCUUGGAGGCACCUGUAUUAAUUGGACAAAAUAGCUUAAAUUACUGUAAUUUUGCUUUUUGAGAUUGGGUUGAGCUGUAUGUAGAGAAAGUUUCUCUUCCAAAAUGAAAAGUUCGGCUCUAGGGUUUCAAGUCAGAAGCAGGCAUUGUCUGCUUUCACAGAAGUAACAGAACAAAAAACCCCAAUCAGAUUAAAAUACACUUUUUUUUUUUAUUUUGAAGUUGUAUUUAACCGAUCAGGAAGAAAAAUAAACUAGACGUGGGGGUGGGGUGGGGAAGGAAAGAGAUUAUAUAUGUGUGCAUGUGAUUCUCAUCAUGAAUAUAGUGGAAUUCUAAUCAAGCCACAUUCAUUUCCCCUCCAUGGCUACUGACUUUUCUCUCUUGUCUUACUUAGCUGUAGCAUCUCAAAAUCCAUUUUUAAAAAGGUGGUUCAAAACUAACAUUCCUGUUAACUGAGAAAGAGGCAGUCAUACAUAUGCAUAAAUAAAUUUACUGGCUGAUAUUUCUGUCUUGUGUGAAUAUAUGUUAGAAGUUUUGUGGUUUUCAGGAUAAUCCUUUCCUUGAACCAGUACCUCCAUAGAGGUAUUGGUUUUUAUGCUAGAUCUGAUUAAUUGAAAUAAGAUAUUUGCAUCCUUGCCAUUCAGAUGCUCCUAAUUGGUACAAUAUCUCCAUUCAAAGAUCUUCCUUAAAAUGCAUAUUUAUUUCCUUGCAAAAUUAGCAGCUAUAUUAAUAAAGAGCUUAUAUUUUAUCUCAUCCAUUUCUACAUUCAGAAUAGAAGUUCUAUACAUAGUACAUUUUGAGAACGUGCCAUGAUCUCUUUUCCAAGUUUAAGUUUUAUUUUGUGGGGAAAAAAAAUCAGUUUUAUUCAAAAUUUACUUGCACAGAUGGCCUUUGCUUUUCAUGUGUAUUUUUCUCUGCAAGUGUUUCUAUCAUACUUUUGUACUAAAUUGACAAGGUACAUUGCUCAACUAUUUCAGCUAUUUUGAAAAGGGCUGUUGUUUCAUGGGUAUUUGCAGGUAAAAGAUAAUGGUGUUUUUUUUUUUUUUAAUAAUGACUUGAAGCUUACAAAAGACAGUUUGUGGGAUGGCCUCUUCUCAGUGAUAAUCUGUCCAUCCCAGACACUCCCAUUAGAGUAGCUUUGUAAUUAAAUGCGGCCCAGGAGCUAUGCCUAUUCUGUUGGAAGGCCUGCUCUCUGCAAAGAUUGCCUCAAUGGGCCUUCCAAAAGGCAGAAAAAACUUGGCUUUUUGCUUGGAUCUUAAGACCAGCAUGAUUGGAAUUCCCAUCUGGAAUGUCAGCUUCUGGUUAUUCUUAAACAUCUUGGUUCUUAAUUGAAAUUGUUUAUCUUAUUUUCUUUGUAUAUCACUUGGAGUCACUGUGUUUGAGUUGGACAGCCAUAUGGAUUGUUUUAAUAAACCAAUAAAGAUUUCCAAUACAA